GCUUUGACAGCAGGUCCGUUUUUACCUCUUUGCUUUCUUUAUCCCACCCUGCCUCCCCGUUUCUUUCUCCAGGCUGCCGUGUGUGUGUGCGUGCGUGUAUUUAUUUAUUUAUGCAUCUUAUUUGAAAGUAUUUAGCUUUUACACUUUAGUCGCCCCUCAAAUGAGAAGACGCAAAAGAUGGAGCUUCACAUUUUAGAGCACAGCUUGAAAGUGGCGAGUAUAGAGAAAGAGGGGAUCCAGAUUUGCACUCACGGAUUAAUAAAACUCGCCUUCUUGGCCUCCAAAACAAGAUGCAAGUUUUUCAGUCUGACAGAGACGCCGGAGGACUACACCAUUAUCGUGGACGAGGAAGGCUUUAAAGAGCUGCCACAGUCGGAGCACAUCAGUGUCGCCGACGCUACGUGGUUGGCCCUGAACGUGGUGUCGGGGGGAGGCAACGCUUCCAGCUCGCAGCCCAUCGGAGUCACCAAAAUCGCCAAGUCCGUCAUCGCGCCGCUGGCCGACCACAACAUCUCUGUCUUCAUGCUGUCGACGUAUCAGACCGACUUCAUUCUGGUUCGAGAGCGAGACCUGCCCAUGGUCAUGCACACACUGUCUUCCGAAUUCACUUUGCUUCGGGUGGUCAACGGAGAGACUGUAGCUGCUCACAAUCUGGGAGUCACCAAUGGCUUUGUGAAGCCGAAACUUGUGCCCCGUCCCAUCAUUCACCCCUUAUCUAGUCCCAGCAACAUGUUCUGCGUGACCAGCCUGGACCCAGACACACUGCCCUCUGUAGCCACUCUGCUCAUGGACGUCAUGUUUUACUCUGGGGGGCCCAAAGAACCUGGAGCAUCCGGCGAGGACUCCAGCCACAUCCGUUUCUUCUCCUUCUCUUUGAUCGAGGGCUACAUCUCCCUGGUCAUGGAUGAGCAGACAACUCAAAGGUUUCCAAACAAUGUCCUCUUCACCAGCGCUUCUGGCGAGCUUUGGAAAAUGGUUCGAAUCGGGGGACAGCCUUUAGGAUUUGAUGAGUGUGGCAUCGUGGCUCAGAUAUCAGAACCCCUGGCAACAGCUGACAUUCCAGCUUACUACAUUAGUACCUUCAAGUUCGACCACGCCUUGGUUCCUGAAGAAAACAUCCAGAGUGUUAUCGGAGCUCUGCGGACCGAGAGCGCGGCUCAGUGAAGAUGGAGGAAACGAUAUAAACGACCAUUUUCAAAGUCAUUUCGUUCAAACAUCUAUCAUGUCCAAAAAGUGCCAAGAGCCAGUUAGCGGACUAGUGUGGGCGGACGCCGAGAGGAAGGAGGGAAGAGUGUGACUGUGUUAGGGACGCCUUUAUAAUUCGGUCAUUUUCUUUAUCCCCCCCCAGCCCAAACCCACCCCCCCCAAUGCCCUCCGCUGCCUGCUCUGGUGGUUUUUGUUUUAGUUUACCAAACUUGUUUCCUUUUUCUUCUCCAAAGCUGCUUCUUCCCCCGACACCUCACGAGCACCAUACUGUAUUAGUUACAUAACUCCUCUCAUGGAAAGAUGACGAAUGUACUCUCCAAAAAGAAAUAUUUACAUAUAUUUAUCAAGCUCUCCAUUUUUCCGCAGGUCAUUUUUCUCAGUGCCAAGCUGUUUGAAUGCCUAAAUCGAUGCCUUUGUCAAAAUACUAGACACGUGUGCAAUUGAAGGAGACAAUUUUGGAGACAGCCAGCAAUUACAGCCUGGUUGAGUAAUAGGUUGUUAUUUUUAUUUUUAUUUUUUUUUUUGGUUUUGUUUUGAUUUUUCAGCUUUUUAGUAGCGUUUGAACUUCUUUUAAUUACUUUAAUGAUCUGACAGUCGGAAGUCCCUCAGACCUGGAAGAUAAAAAAAAACAACACAUCCUUGGUCUGAUGAAACGUGAAGUCUGAGAUCUAGGUUGCGGUUGAAUAGUCACAAGACAUGUUACGCUCGCUGGGAAAUGCGAGGACACGUGUGAAGGAGAAUUCGUAAAGUCAUUUUGAGAAUUCCUACCUAUGUUACGAAGGAUCUUAUUCGUAGAGCGCUUUUCCUAAAAACCCUCAUUACAGACUUCAACAACCUCGGAACGGGUUCAUAUUUGUCCUCAUGCGUUUACUACAUGGUUGAAAGUUCAAAUCAUGCAAGUAUUUUAGCCGGUUGUGAGAUGGUUCGAUGGUGAGGGGUCUUCUCCUCUUCAUUCGCAUUUAGAGAAUCUGACUUUGAUCACUUCUGGUCAUUUCAAUCGGUUUCCUCCUUGGCUAAAAAGACUAUUCAAUCGCAAUACUACUUUUCUAGGUCUUUGAUAAGUUCUAUUUAUUCACACUGUGAGCAACCUGGUUGAUCAGCCAAUCAGAAAUGGCAGAUUUUUCAUUUAAACUGAUUAUUUUAAAUCGAGUCCUUUGGCUAAUAGAUAUUUAAGCAGCAUUACCGACCGACUCCAAGGUCACACUUGGGAGUUGAUUUCUUUAUUUUAUUUAUUGUACUUGAUGUAGUCGAAAUUGAAGUAUUUGCUCAAAUCUUCAACUUUGGAAGUCGGAAAACAAAAAAAGGUUAAAUCUGUUUCUCGAGCAGUAUUUUGAUUUCAGCUACUUGAUGGAUUGGUGUAAAAUGUAGCGGAGAUACGUUCACGGUUCCCAGAUGUGUGUGUGUCCUUAAUAACUGGUGAUCUCCUGACCUUUCACCUAGCGCCACCAUUAUUCUCAUCAACCUCGUUAACAUAACGGCCCCAAAAUGGGUUGAAAUGAGACGAUUAGCUUAGCUUAGCUUAGCAUAAAUACUAUAUUAAAAAAAGUUUUUAAAAAAUCUACACAUUUUUUGUUUUAUGGGAAGUAAUCUAAAUCUUUAUACUUACACAAGGAGUAGCGAUUAACUGGAACGAAACCCUACAAUCCUACUUGCCUGGACGACUGAGAACUGGGAACAGAGUGUCUUAAAAAGCAAUAACAACUACACUGCAUGCAAUAAACGUUUAAACCGUUUUCCAGACCUUCACUACACCAAUACUUUUAUCCAUAUUUGCUCUGAAGAGUAAUUCUCCACAGAGGAUGUCUCCUUAAUAUUUUAAACCUUUUCCCAAAAAAACGUUCAAAUGUAGAAAUGUUUGGAUGAGAUUUACUGAGCACGUUCAUACUAGUCUUUCUACUUUUUCCUCUUGCACAAUCCUGGAGGACUGAAUGUCACAGGCUCCAGGAAAUUUGAGAUUUUUGAUAACGAACCAAGAGACAACCUCUCGGGCAGUAAAAUGCAGUACCUCAAACGGCCACUUGGGGCUGAAUCACCUUAGAACUUCGCGUUACGAAGUCCUACUUUACUCCAGUGACAACAGUUCAGUUCCGUUUUCUACUCUUCCGCCGCGUUGCUCACAGUGUGAACUCCCAGUGAGGCCUGAUGCAUUGCUGAGAAAAUAUUUGCAUCUACGAUAUUAAUAAAAUACUGAGCCACUUUGACAAUGUGCUGAGCUAAUGACGAGCGCACGUGUGCUAAACAUAAGCUACAGUUCACACAGGGGAAGGAAGCCCUGGUGUCCCUUUAGAUCUUGAAGCUGCCCCUCUCCUGCUCCAGUCUGCACUUUAAUGCAGGUCCCACCCCGACAGACCUGCUGUACUGAUGUGAAACCAGAGAGGACUAUUUACUUUAGAAGGAUCUUGUCCACAUGGAAAGAUUUCUGUUGGUCUUAAUCAUUGGUGAUAAUGUUUUUUUUUCUUUCUUUCUUUCUUUUUUUUUCUCACAUCACCUUGCACCUAACUGCAGCCUCUCCUCUGAUCAGAGUUGAUGAGUAGAAAUCCUGUAUUUAUCAGUGUUAAAACAUGAGGAAGGUGACAUUUGUUCUGACUCCAUUAAAAAAACAAAAACAACAACAACAAAAAAAAACGUUAAAAGCUUUUCAUUUGGAGCUUCUUCUUGUGUGGAAAAAAAAAAUAAACAAGCUGUUUUUUGA